AUGGUGGAUCUCUUCUUUCUUCAAUCAUAUUUCACAGCUUCAUCAGAAUCAUUAGCUGUGGAGGAUUGUUCCUCUGGUGCUUAUUCUUCUCAAGCCACUGGUGAAAACGAUAGGAGGCCAGAUACGGGUAAUAUUGAAGAAGCCGAAUCAUCUCUUCGUGAAAAUGGUUCCUUAAAUUUUGAGGAAGCAAGAGCGUUGUUAGGGAGAUAUGAAUAUCAAAAGGGAAACAUAGAAGCUGCUCUUCAUGUGUUUGAAGGGAUAGAUAUAGCAACAGUAACUCCAAAGAUGAAGAUUAGUCUUUCCCAAAGAGGCGAACCUCGUAGAAGAGUUUCUCAUAAUUAUGGGGAUCCACCAUUGUCUAUACAUGCUGUUGGUUUACUCCUUGAAGCAAUUUUAUUUCACACUUCUGGACAAAAAAAUAAAAAAAAAAAAAAAACAAACCUGUGUGCUGUGAUGUUGAAGACGAAGGAGAUGGAGGAUGGGCAGUGA